CUCCGGGGAGCGUCAACUCCUCAACCACCGACAACGAACAAGCAAACACAAUGAGCGACCCGCUCCUCGCCACCGCCGAGGCAACCGAGCACCCGUUCUCCGCCUCCGUUCGCACUCCCGCGAAACUUUACGCCAUCUCCGACCUCCACCUCUCCUUCAAAACCAACCGGGCCGCCCUCGAAGAACUCGCGCCCCGCCCCGACGACGGCCUCAUAAUCUGCGGCGAUGUCGGCGAAACACCGGGGCACCUGCGCCUAGCUUUCUCGAAAGCGACGUCGUGCUUCAAGCAAGUGUGGUGGGUGCCGGGGAACCACGAGUUAUACACCCUCCCAAGCGAGGACCGAGGCGGGGAGGGCGCGGUCGAAGGACACGGCGGGGGACUUCGCGGGGUAGCAAAGUACGACGAAUGCGUGCGGGUGUGUCGGGAAUGGGGGGUAUUGACGCCGGAGGAUGAAUACAUAACAUGGCCACCGCCGAAUCCCUCGUCCCCCGGAGACGCAGAAGAGGCGGCACGACCCGAGGCUGAGAGUGUGCUCAUCGCGCCUAUCUUCACGCUGUACGACUACUCGUUCCGACCCGCGAACGUCACACUCGAGGGAGCCGUUGAGUGGGCGAAAGAGGAGGGCAUCGAGGCGUCGGAUGAGGUGAUGCUGCACCCGGACCCCUAUCCCACGCGGCAGGACUGGUGCGCGGCGCUUGUCGCGCGGACGUUUGAUAAGCUGGAUGCUGUCACGACCGCGAAUCCGGAUAAGAAGCUGGUGAUUGUAGGACAUUGGCCGCUGAGGCAGGAUCUGGUUAAGAUUCUUCAAGUGCCGCGGUUUUGCAUAUGGUGCGGGACGACGAAGACGGAGGACUGGCAUGAGAGGUUUAAUGCGAAGGUGGUUGUGACCGGGCACCUUCAUGUGAGGAGGACGGAUUGGAGGGGGGAGACGAGGUUUGAGGAGGUUAGUCUGGGGUAUCCGAGACAGUGGAAGGAGGCGAUGGAGCAGGGACUCGAUGUCAACGACAUGCUCAGAGAGAUAUUGCCGGGGCCGGAGCCACCAGCUGACAAAGACAAAACGAUCUGGAGGAGGUUUGGGUGAGCGUGGGAAGAGAGGGAAAAGGAUGCAUUCAACUGCGCGUUCGGGGCAUGCAUAGGUGUUUAGGAGCAUGGUCCAUGUUGAGGGGUAUGCGGCGUUUUGCAUUCGUGAUGGGGUGCACGGUGUUGCCGAAUUCAAAGCGAGUGCAACUGAGGUUUUACGGGAUUCAGGACUGAAUUAAAUACCCCAGAAUAUUUCAGAUACGGUAUGUGUUACUCAACGAAGAUGGGUGGCGUCAUACUCGCAUUCUUGUAUAGACUAGACAUGCAUAGUCACCAAGGCUCCUUGGUAUAUUCCAAUGUUCUCUAUUACUACUAACUAUAACCCAC